UUUAAAAUUCAACAUUUCAUUUGUUAACAUCGCUAUCAGCUUCCUCUCUCUGCUAAGAAAAUGGCGAGACCCACCAGCUGGCCGCCCUGCUUUGGCUGGCCUCCCAUUUUUUUGGACUAACUCUGUUCCCCUUAUCCAUCCAUAAAUUAAAAUAAAUUCACCUCUUUCAGUUUCAUCAUCCCCCUUUCGUUCUACACUCCAAUUGAAAAAAAAAAGAACGCCAAUUACCAAUCGAGAGGUCCAUCCUCCAUUAAUGGCGGCGAAAGCUUCAAAUUCCUCAUGUGGGUCGAACGAAGAAGACAAUGAAAAAUUUAAUGAUUUUAAUUUUGAUUUUGAUCAGUGUAAAAAAUCAAAUGGGUAAGUUUCUGCGGACGCCAUGGACGAUGGGUUUAAGUUCUAGAGAGAGAAACAGGGGAAAGAAGAGAGAGGGUCUGUGUCUGAGGUUGGAAAGUGCUUAGAUUUACGAUGAUGUUUUUUGUCGGAAUCACUUUGAGCAGAAAAAGAAAAGAAAAGAAGAAAAAGAAAAUCGAGUUCUUCGGCAGAGGCAGAGAGUUGUUUAUUUAUGGGAUUCUGUUCACUUUGCUUAAAUUGAAAAAAGAUUAAAGAAUUUUGACGGAAAAGAAAAGAAAAAGAGAAAAAAAAAGAGUUCUAAAAAUCAAUCACAUGGCAAGUAGACUGCAGGUUGCCGUUUCUGAUUUAGCCUUUUACCCACGCUCAUACAGAACUCUCACUGACAGAGACAGAAGAGAGAGAGAGAGAAAGAGGGGAGAGAAAGUUGGGACAGAGACACACUACGCAGAAACAUCGCUGUCCAAGUUCUUCCUUGACCCGUUUGCGGGGCUCCGGACCCGACCCGAUUGGCCGUUUUCGUUUUAUCCGGAAGCGGCCGGAAUGUACUCGGCCAUUCCGGCGCUCCCGAUCGACGGCGGCGUCGGCGUCGGCGUUGGCCACGGCAAGUUUCAGGGUUCUCUCGACGGAACGAAUCUCCCCGGCGACGCUUGCCUGGUUCUCACGUCGGAUCCGAAGCCCCGCCUCCGCUGGACGGCGGAGCUCCACGAGCGAUUCGUCGACGCCGUCACUCAACUCGGCGGCCCCGACAAGGCAACCCCAAAGACUAUUAUGAGAACAAUGGGAGUAAAAGGCCUCACCCUUUAUCACUUAAAAUCACACCUCCAGAAAUAUCGGCUUGGAAAGCAAUCGUUCAAGGAAUCGACCGAGAACUCUAAGGAUGCUUCUUGCAUUGCAGAAAGUCAAGAAACGAGUUCCUCUUCGUCCCCAUCGUCCAGAAUAAUGACACAGGAUCUGAAUGAUGGUUUCCAAGUCACGGAGGCUUUACGGGUGCAAAUGGAGGUUCAAAGAAGGCUACACGAACAACUGGAGGUGCAGCGUCAUCUCCAACUUCGCAUCGAAGCACAGGGAAAAUACCUGCAGUCGAUACUCGAGCGGGCUUGUCAAGCAUUGAGCGAUCAGGCUGCCGCGUCAGCCGGGCUCGAAGCUGCCAGGGAAGAGCUCUCAGAUCUGGCUAUCAAAGUCUCCAAUGACACUAAAGACAUGGCACCAUUGGAGACUCAAAAAGUGCUUCCCUUUUCAGAACUUGCUGCUGCUCUAGAAAACCGAAAAGCUCCAACUGUUAUGGCUCGAAUCGGCGACUGCUCCAUGGAUAGCUGCCUGACAUCGGCUGGAAGCCCGGUUUCCCCAAUCAGAGUAGGUACAACUGCCACCGCAAUGAAGAGACCAAGACCCGUAUUUGGAGAUUCAAUGGCUCUCGAGGGCAAUGCGCGUCAUGAAGUCGAGUGGAUGAUGAGUAAUAUUGGAUGAAACUCAGGACUUUCCCUUUCUAAAAAGUCCAGCCUUUUCUUCUGAUCAACUUUCUUUUUCUUGAUUUCUCUAUGUAGCUCAUCUAAAUGUUCACAUCUUUAAUGAAGAAUUAUGUACAAUCUGUUUUGUGGUUUGUUGUAUAUUCUUUGUAAACAGACCCUUUUUUGGUUGUUGGAGUUUCUUUGUUCUCCACCCUUUAUUUGACAUUCUUCUCAGUUUGUUUAUUAGAGAGUGAUCUUAGUUUGCUUUUGGGAAUGGGAAACUUUCAUAUGGAUGUUCCCUUUGUAUAUUUCAGUCUCAAAGGAAACAAAGUGCUAAUUGGCCAACUUUUGAAA